AUCCGCUGCAAGACACGCGGAUAAUCUCACUUGUUCUAUCUAGAAACAAUCCUGAACCCGCUAGUGAGAUAACUGAGCCAGGGCCUAACCCUAAUUAGUAAUGAAAACAUUUGGAGAAGGGAGCCAGAAGUUGACUCCAUUAUCAAUCCAACGGCAGGAGGGCUUUCACCAACAAGAAGUGUAUCCACUGUGACUAAACACGUGUGGGAAUAUUACAAUUCCAAAAGUCGAUUUAAGCAAUUGCAGCAUAUUUGUUUAUUCUGUUCUCUUUCAACUUUCCCUUCCUUCAACUGUUCUUUUAUUUUGCUGUGGUGCCAAUUACCCGCUUGUCUCUGGCCUCUCUAUAUCUUUUGCUUGUUUAAUGGCAAGCCAGCCCCCCAAGUAUCCUGAAUCAGUCUAUGAUUUCAUUAUCAAGGAUGCUAAUGGAAAUGAUAUAGAUCUUAGCAUUUUCAAGGGAAAAGUCUUAUUAAUUGUUAAUGUUGCUUCAAAAUGUGGAAUGACCAACUCAAAUUACACAGAACUGAAUCAGUUAUAUGAGAAGUACAAAGAUCAAGGCCUUGAAAUAUUGGCAUUUCCAUGCAAUCAAUUUGGUGAGGAGGAACCAGGAAGUAAUGAUGAGAUUCAAGAGUUUGUCUGCACUCGCUUUAAAUCAGAAUUUCCCAUAUUUGGCAAGGUGGAAGUGAAUGGUGAGAAUGCUUCUCUGUUGUACAAGUUCUUAAAGUCUGGCAAAUGGGGAAUUUUUGGUGAUGAUAUUCAAUGGAACUUUGCCAAAUUCCUUGUCAAUAAGGAUGGGCAAGUUGUAGAUCGUUACUAUCCCACAACUUCACCUUUGAGUCUCGAGCAUGACAUAAAGAAGCUGUUGGGGGUCUCAUAAGGUGCUGAGAUAUAAAGAAUUAAUCAGGGUUCAUGGAGAUGCCAAACCAUAGAAUGUAUAAUCUUGUUCUGUAUGCCUUAACGGCCUAUCAAAUCUGCACUGGAGAAUAUGAUAAUUAUAUGGACUCUUAGAAUGUUGCUAGAUGCAGUUCUAAACUCAUUUCCUCUUGUUGUAUGCUUGAAAAAUCAAGUAUUUAUCUUUUGUUGUUUGCCCCUUCCA